UAAACGCACCCUAUCAACCAAAACAGCUCUAACAAGAAGAAGCAGCUCAAAACGACGCCGCUGAGAGUCUACCCCGAUUAUGGCCUUCUCGUCCCACCUUUUGUCCAAAUCCAAACAGGUCUGUCACUCACUUCCUCCUAUUCCCGAUCCGAAUACCGAUAUUCCUAUCCUUGUUUUGCUUUUCUCAAAUCUUCGAUUUUGUUGACCAAGUUUUUUUUUUUUUUUUUUUUUUUUUUUGUUUGUGAGUCUUGAAUCUGUUUGGAUACUCUGAAAAUGCAAACUUUUAAGGGAUUCCAAAGAGAAUCGUGUAUUAGAUCUGCGAAAUGAUGACUUUUUGUUUCCAUUUCUUACUAACCAAACAAUGCUUUAGGGUUUCUUUGUUCGAUGGAUUAUUAUUGUGGAUCUGUUAGGUGUGUAGAAGUUUAGGGUUUGGAGUGUAGAAAAUGGUGGAUUGUCAGGGUUUGAAAUGGGUGGAUAUGUUUGGUCCAAUAGGAGAUAAUGCCGGAGGAAUUGUAGAGAUGAGUCAGCAGGACUACAAGGAGAAACCAGAUUAUAGUCGCUGUGUUGCUAUUGUAGCAACUGCAUCUUUGAGGGAAAUGAUAAAACCUGGUGGUUUGGCUAUUUUGUCAAAUAUAAUUGUUGGUUUACUGUUUCGGAAUUUGGGUUCCUUUACAGGGCAUCCUCUGCUUGGGGCUAAAGUUGUGGCUGCCAUGCUGAUGUUUGGAACAGUUUCAGGAAUUCUUAUGGCUCUUUUCCUGAACACAUCUGGUGGUGCCUGGGAUAACGCAAAGAAGUAUAUAGAGACAGGUGCUCUCGGAGGCAAAGGGAGUGAUUGUCAUAAAGCAGCCAUUACAAGAGAUACGUGCGUUUGUUAUGACCAAACCUUUUACAAGUUGGACUCAAAUGACUUGGGUUACUUUCUUUUGGUUUAUAUUAAGAGCCCUUUGUUGCUCUUGGGAAGAGCAAGAAUGAUGAAAACGUGUUGGACUCAAAUGUGAUGAUUUUGGCCUGGCGGGAAUAGAUGGUGUGAGGUACAUUUUUUGAACUUGUUGCCUUGGAAAUGAAAAAAAAAACUAUACAAAUUUUGUUGUGUACUGAACAAACAGAUUGGGCAGCUUUGGGGUACCUGAGCAUUCAUUCUUGAAAAUGGAGAAAAAGCUAUGUAGCUUUUGUUUUGGGUGGAGUGAACAAACGGCAUGCUAACGGUGUUUAUCUUUGGGACUAAAAUGGUUGCUUUUCAAUUGUCUUGGAUGUGUUUGGUAUUUC